GGUAAUAGAGAAUUGUUUUUGGGAAAAGGAGAAGGAAGAGGAAAUGAAAAGUGAAAAGUGAUGUUAAUAUUAAUAUAUAUACUAAUAAUCAUCUCCGUUUUGGUUCUCUCAACUCAAAGUCUCAACCCAAUCCUCUCUCUCUUUCUCUCUGCACCAAAUUCCAAUGCUUCCUUCUUAUUUCAAUCUCUACUCUUUCACGCUUUUGCUUCGCUAAUUUAAAUUCGGACCCGACAACCUCUUUUUCCCCCAAAUCUGUUACGCAAAAACAAAACCCUAGCCUCACCUUGUUCAAUCCAAACACAGAAUGGAAAGUAUACCGCACCCAAUACCCAGAACAGUGGAAGAGGUUUUCACCGACUUUAAGGGUAGACGCGCUGGUUUGAUUAAGGCCCUCACUACCGACGUUGAAAAGUUUUACCAGCAGUGCGAUCCUGAGAAGGAGAAUUUGUGUCUUUAUGGAUUUCCAAAUGAAACUUGGGAAGUGAACUUGCCUGUUGAGGAAGUGCCUCCUGAACUUCCUGAGCCAGCAUUAGGUAUAAAUUUUGCUAGGGAUGGUAUGCAAGAGAAGGACUGGUUAUCACUGGUUGCAGUUCACAGUGACUCAUGGCUGCUUGCUGUUGCUUUCUAUUUUGGUGCGCGCUUUGGAUUUGGUAAGAAUGAAAGGAAAAGGCUUUUUCAGAUGAUAAAUGAUCUGCCAACAAUUUUCGAACUUGUGACGGGAAGUGUUAAGCAAUCUAAGGAUCAACCAUCUGCUCACAACAAUGGUAGCAAAUGCAAAUCAAGUGGAAAGGUGUCCCGUCAACCUGAGACUCAGGCCAAGGGAAUGAAGCUGUCUGCACCACCCAAAGAAGAGGAUGAAAGUGGAGAAGAUGAAGAAGAGGAUGAUGAACAAGGUGCAACAUGUGGCGCUUGUGGCGAUAAUUAUGGCACUGAUGAAUUCUGGAUCUGUUGUGAUAUGUGUGAAAGAUGGUUCCAUGGUAAAUGUGUUAAAAUUACUCCUGCUAAGGCUGAGCACAUCAAGCAAUACAAGUGCCCUAGCUGCAGUAACAAGAGGGUUAGAGUUUGAAAGCUCUCAACCUUUGAACCAGUCAUCAAUUAAACAGACAAGAUUUAGAAUGUUUGAUAACAUUUUUACAAGUCAAAAUUGCUUCCUGUUCCUAGUGAAUGGUGCACUCUAAUGACUAUGCAGAUGGAACUUCAAGUUUUUGCUACUGUUCACUCCUACUGUUUAAUCUUCUUGGGAAUUGUGUUUUUAAGUAGUCAUUGACAACAAAGAUAUUAUAUAAAUAUAUUCUGCAGUUUCUGUUUUGAUUUUAAUAAAUUUUUCAUUCAUUUCUA